AUGAAAAACCACGGAAGGGCUGUCAACCCACCUGACAAUAAACUAGGGCCCGGAAAUAGCACGCAGAAUGAACUGCCUGAUGCUUCUAGCAUUGAAAAUUUCCCCUCUACCUUGGUCGCCAACACAGCUUCAACAUUUGUGACGGAAGGGGUAAAAGGGGGCGAUUCUGCCAAUGGCAAAGUUGCCAUCCCCCGUCAACGAUCAAACACCGCACCGCGAUACAAUCGCCGGGCACCUCGGGCUUGUGAGUCUUGCCGGAAGCGCAAAACAAAGUGUAGUGGCGAGAUCCCGGUGUGUCAGCAGUGCCAAGGGUUGGAGGGGACAUGUCUUUAUCCAUUAAAGUCGGUGGAGAAAAUGAAAAGACAAGUCAUCAAUCUGUCCGAAAAAGCGCAAGUUUACGAGAAUGUAUUAAAAGACCUGGGGAGUCUAGUAGAUACGCGCAUUGCCGCUCGGAUCACGGGCUUACUAGACAAGCAUGACUCAGACAUCCGCUCGUCUCGUUCUGCAACCUUACCCGAUGAGCUUAUAGAUGAACCAAGCUCGCCCUCGUCUAUUGGCUCACUUGGCGAUAUUGACCAAGUGGGAGAAGACUUGAACCGCAAUGAACAUUCAAGAGCAACUGGGUAUAUGGGCAAGACCUCCGAGAUAACAUGGCUGCAACGUCUCCAACGAGGAGCCCAACAUCAUUCGCACCAAUUGUUGUACCCCUCGGAGUAUGGCAGAAGCAAGCGGCAAGACGAUGACUUGGCCCUCUAUGCAGUAAACUACCACCUAGACGAAGAAGACAUAUCUGUUCCCGAACCGGUGGACACAUACGCUGUUCCGCCUCGCCAGCUAGCAGAUAAGCUCCUCGAUGAUUAUCUGAGGACUGUUCACCCCUUUUUCCCCAUUAUUCAUCGACCUCUCUUCACCGCACAAUAUCGGACUUUUUUCGACGGCAAUGCAAACCCCAGUGAUAAGUGGCUUGCUAUCCUAAAUAUGAUAUUUGCCAUUAGCGCGCAGCAUGCCCAUCUCAUCAGGGCUUCAUGGCGCGGAGAGGAAAGAGACCAUCUGAUCUAUCUAACCCGGUCCAGGGUCCUCAGUAUGAGUGGCGACGAUCUAUUUAGUCACCCUGAUCUCCAACAGGUUCAAGUGGAAGGCUUAGUUGCAUUUUAUCUCCUGUCUUCGGACCAGAUAAAUCGCGCCUGGAGAAUCUCGGCUUUAGCAGUCCGAUCAGCUGUCGCACUAGGCAUCAACAUGAAAAAUGAGAGUCCCCGAUUACCUGAUAUCGCCAAAGAAACCCGCUAUCGAGUCUGGUGGUGUCUCUACACAUUCGAGCAUCUUUUAGGUAUAAUGACUGGCCGGGCUACUUGUAUCCUAGGUGACAUCUACACCACUCCUCUGCCACUUCCUCUGGAAGAUGAUGAGCUGUCAGGGCCCGUGGCUGCGGAAGUUCUUAGUGACACGCAACUCAGAGAUAAGCGCAUCAACAACAUCAUGGCGAGCGCAUCAGUCCGACACAUACCUCUCAACCCAGCCAAGGGUGCGAAUACCACAAAUCUAGCUCGCGUCCGUGAUAACGUAUGGGUGAAAAGCCUGCCUUUUAGCUUCAGCCUCUGCCAUCUUUACUACUGCGACCUAACGAUUAUCGUCCAGGAGGUCAUUAACAGAGUGUAUUUCGUGGACAGUGUUAUGAAGACUUGGGCUCAUAUUCUGAACAACAUUAGGACCUUAAAGGUUCGGAUUGACAUGUGGUACCACAGUCUUCCAGAGAUAUUCAAAUCAUCGAAAAAGAAGGAUGAUGCCCCUGAUUUGCUUCGCUGCAAAUUAGCUUUAUAUCUCCACUUCUACAGUGCACGUAUCACGCUUGGGCGGCCAUGUCUCUGCCGGCGCGAUACGCGAAGGAAAAGUUCUGCGAAUAGAUCGACUUUCAGCAGCGAUAUAGCAGAGCUUACUCUACAGUCUGCAAAGCUUAUGCUUGACCUUAUCUCGGAUGAGCCAAAUGUCAUUGAGCUCUACGAGCUCUCCCCUUGGUGGUGUAUCCUGCAUUAUCUAAUGCAGGCAGCGACAGUCAUACUUCUGAAGAUAUCGUUCUGGGACGACAAAAUACCAGAGGAAGAGGCAAAUUGUGUGGACUAUGCCAAAAAGUCAAUAAGAUGGCUCUAUGCUAUGUCGGAGCACAGCAUCGCCUCGCAGCGCGCCUGGCAGCUUUGCGAUAUUAGUUUGCGGCGUCUAGCUACCGGUACGGGAAUCGCUGUCGACGACAUGCCGUCAGCGCCCUACUUUCAGCCCGCACCUACCUUUACGCUCGGCUCCCACCACUACUCUUCACGGGGGUUUCAGCCCGUCUCAGAUAGUCCGUGGGAUUCACUUUCAAAUGACCUUUCUCUGAACACAUCGCACCUUCCGAUGUAUGACGCCUACCAGGCUUGUCCCAAUAUGGCCACAACUGAUCCCACGGGGUUGAGCUCGGAUAGCUCUCACGUGUCUGACCAUUUGUACUUUCCCUAUGAUCCUAUCAGUGAGGAGUUUAUUCGCUCAUUCUUCCCGCAGUCGAGCGAGGACAGGUAA